AUGACGACACGACUCAAAAACUUCAUUUUCAACGUGAAAACAGAACCGAAACUGCUCGUUUUCUUUUUCGUUGUACAAUUGGAAGUGCUAGUGCCAUCGCCAUCAUUAGUCAUGUGAUCCCGCAGAGGAGCGUUGAAGGAAGAAGAAGAAAUGACAACAACAAACAUGGCAGACGCAUCGGCAGGUGCACCUAAUCCAGGUAUACCAGCAUCCUCGUUCUACGGCAGGCGUUUAGAAGAAAGCACAGAUGCACUUUUUCAUGAACUGGACAAUGGUAAUUUGUCUGAUCUAGAAGGAGAAAUAGACAAUUCCUCUGACAGCGGUGAUGAUCUUGAGGAGCCCGAGCAAGAACAUGCUGACAGCGAGGAGGAAAGUGCGGAUGAUGUUUGCGAGGUGCCGGCAGCAGCUUGGACUAAAAAGAAGUUCGUAAAGCCAGACACAUCUUUUGAGUGCGACGAACUUCCUUUUUUGAAUACUAACGAAGAGAUGCCCUCACCGUGGGACUACUUCAGUCACUACGUUCCCAAGAGCAUAUUCAUUGACAUGGCAGAAAGAACUAACCAGUAUUCUUUACUGCAAGAAGGGAGAUGCGUUGGUACAAAUGAACAGGAAAUCCGACAGCUGAUUUCUCUUCACUUGAUCAUGGGGGUGAUGCGAUACCCAAGGCUACGGUUAUAUUGGAAGCCGGAAAUGAAGACUAGGCUGGUGGCAUCCACUGAACUCUCACGCAACCGCUUCGAAAAGCUGAGGAACAAUCUGCACAUCGUUGACGUGUCUCUGCCGGACCCAAAGGAUCGCUUCUGGAAGGUGAGACCCCUUCUUGAUAAAUUUGAAGCAAGGUGUCGGUCCUUGAAGGUGGAGGAACGAUUGUGUAUCGAUGAACAAAUUGUUCCCUUCAAAGGAAAGCUCGAUAUAAAGCAGUAUGUGAAAGGCAAGCCACACCCCUGGGGUGUAAAAAUCUUCAUGCUGUGUGGAGAGUCUGGCAUUGUGUAUUCUUCCCUGCCUUAUCAGGGGUCAACAACAAGGCUAGACGAAAGCCUAAAACAGCAGUAUGGCGUGACAGGCGCUAUAGUGUCACAGCUUGCUCACCGUAUUCCCUGCGACAAGGGGCACAAGCUAUUUUUUGACAAUUAUUUUACGUCACUGCCUCUGCUGCGCAUGCUCCUUGAUAAGAAGAUAUUUGCUGCAGGAACAAUUCGAGUCAACCGAUGUCAAAAAUGCCCGCUGGAGCCAGAGAAAAAUCUAAAGCAAAAAGGUCGCGGUUCUUCCGCUUCUGUGGUCAGCAAAGAUGGAAAAGUGGCGGUCACACGAUGGUACGACAACAAGGCUGUGACUCUGGCAUCGAACUUUGUGGCUAUCGAUGAUGAAGACACCGCAAAGCGCUGGAGCAAGAAAGAUGGGUGCUACAUAGAAGUAAAACGGCCUGCUGUUGUAAGAAUGUACAACAGCAGCAUGGGUGGAGUUGAUAAAACCGACUUCCUAGUGGCACUCUACCGCACGAAGAUUCGGUCACGAAAAUGGACACUGAGGAUGAUAUUUCAUGUUAUCAAUGCUUCAGUCGUGAAUGCAUGGCUUGAAUACAGAAGAGAUGCAGUCGCACGAGGGCUGACGUCUGCCAGUCAGCUGGACUUGCUCGACUUCACUCUGAGUAUUGCAGAAGCCCUUGCACGAGUACAGAGCCUGCCCAAGGCGAGAAAACGCGGAAGGCCAUCGCUCUCACCUUUGCAACCUUCUAAAGAAGCAAAAUAUACCGAAAAUAGGCCUGUGCGAGAUGUGCGAUACGACGAGGUGGGACACUGGCCUAUUCGCUCUGACAGCAGGGAGCAGCGAUGUAAGCUGGAGGGUUGCACGGGACAAACGCGUAUAAUGUGUGAGAAAUGUAAGGUGCAUGUGUGUCUUGCCAAGUCUCGAAACUGCUUCCGAGCAUUCCAUAUGCAUAAGUGAUGAAAUUUGUGCUUGGAACUAUAUUGUACUUUUCACAUAGCAAUAAACCAACUUUUCGCUGUUUCGCAA